GAACACGUGAUCAUUUUACUCAGGUGCCGUGUGCUCUCUCGAGCGAGGGACAGAAUGCGCUACCGGGCGCCCUAGGGUUUCUCAACGCGGGAGAGGGAGCGCUCACGAAUUCCAGCUCCAGGCGCUCCAAAAUGUCGGGCAAUGCGCAAGGAUUCUUCGGCAUGCAUAAGUUUGGAAGAGGCCGAGACAAAAUCCAGCAAUUCAUGUCGAUCUCGGGGGCAAAUGAAAAGGCUGCUCUUGCCGCGCUCAAGGCCAGCGAUUGGAAUCUAGAUGGAGCGCUGGAUAUAUACUAUAACCAGGCUUUUGCGAGGCCGAAGCUUGAUCCUUAUCAGCUGGAAGAAGUGUAUUCUCGCUACAAAGACCCCUACUCUGACAUGGUCUUAGUGGAUGGGAUCUCUUUGUUCUGCGAAGAUCUGGAGGUAGACCCCGGCGAUGUCGUCAUGCUUGUAAUCUCAUGGCACAUGAAGGCGGCUACUAUGUGUGAAUGGUCAAAAAAAGAAUUUAUGCAAGGCUUCCACUCUAUCGGGGUUGAUUCGAUUCCCAAGCUAAGAUCUGUUCUUCCAGCACUUCGAGCGGAGCUCAAAGAUGAACAUAAAUUCCGGGAGCUGUAUGCUUUUGCGUUCUGCUGGGCCAGGGAAAAGGGCCAGAAAUCGCUUGCGUUAGACACGGCGGUGAGAAUGUGGGAGCUGCUGUACGAAGACAGAGGCUGGCCUCUCAUCAGCAUCUGGUGUCAAUUCUUACAAGCGAAACACAAUAAGGCCAUUUCCAAGGACACAUGGUCUCAGCUUCUCGAGUUUUCAAAGAGUAUUAGCCCGACACUGUCAAAUUACGAUGCGGAAGGCGCAUGGCCAUACCUUAUUGACGAAUUUGCCGAGUAUUUAGUCGAAAGUGGAGUAGUACCAGCAAAGUGAAAUCACAAGAGAGAAGUUUUCUUUUUUUGCCAUUGGGCAUUAUUUGUAUCACAUAUCAUUCAUUGCAAUAUUCAAACUGUACAUCAAUUUAGCAAUUAAA